GUCAACCGUAUUGACGGAGGUCGAGAGCGCGCAUGACAAGGACUGGUUAGUGAAGGCUGCGAUGGCGCUACACUGGCUGCUUCUGGUGGAGCUCGGGCUGUACGCGGGAUGUUUUAUCUGCGGAAUCAUCGCUGCAGCAUCGGUAACAAUAACUCAGGGGGAGUUUGCUGGGAAGUGCAUUCUGUACGGCACUGCCCGUAUGAAUGGAACAAACCUUACCAUAGAAAGCCCCAGCUCCCAGUCCCUCUGCUACUUUGUGUCGGCCAUCUCCGUGUGCGUAGCUGUAUACUGCUUCUCCCUCACACUGUACUGGGUCUACACCAGCUGUGUGGACCAAGAAGCCCAAAGGGGACGACUUUGGAUGAACGUGACACUUGUGAUUUGUGGGGUCUUCUUAUUCUUCCUGUUGGUGACUGGGUGUGUCCUAAGGAUUGGUAGGAAUCGCCUCUGCGAGUCUAUAGUCAGCCUACAAGGUAUAAACAGGUGUGAGGAGGCACAGGACAAGCCUUGGUCCGCCCCGUAUGUAGGGACGCGAUUCUUCUCCAAUCUGCAUGGUGCAGAGACAUCAGUGUGGGUGAACUUCUUCUUCUGGCUCCUGAUCGUCACUACAGUGGUUAUCCAGAGGCGUCGGGGGUCAGAGUUCACGGCCAGGGGAGAGGACCCCAGCGCAAGCCCCUCUGAGACCGAACCCUUCUUCCCCAGCCGCACCAGGCCCCAAUGACCUGCCAUGGCCCCAUGUUCUCUGGCCUGACCCCACCUAUACACCCUGAAAGUCCUCCAGCCUGUUUCAGAAACUGGCUCGGAGCUCUGGUUGUAUUGGCUCAUUUCCUUGGUGAUGAAUUAAUUGCUUGUCUAACCUGUUUAAACCAGUUAACUCAAACUUCAGUGGCACUGCACACUGCAUGUUUCUCUGAUUGGAUGAUACUUUUUUUCCACAAAAGUAACAGGUCCUGCUUACUCCAGAUCCAUUUUUCGUAAAUGAAACCAUUUACUUUUUUAUCAUGUUAAAUCGAUGUUUUUUUACACGUAAAUCAUCAGUCGACAGAUUUGGGUGUCCUUUCCUCCGUGGAUCCGUUUAAAAAGGUGGAGGGGCAGUACAAGUAAUUGCCACCAGAUGGCUCCCACCCACAAAGCAAGUGAAAUCAAACCGCCUGACAAAAACACGGGUCUCGAUCAGACAUUCCGUACAAAAAGUGUACAUUACAUAUCAAGGAACUGUUUAAACCCAUCAAUAAAGACCAAUUUCAUGUAUGUUCAGCGAA